GUGCUGUUGUAAUUAAACGUUCAGAACCGAUCUUUAUGAAUCGUUUAAAGUCUUUUUGAAGUCUCACCUAUUUGUGAAAAUUGUUUGUGCAAUUUCAAGUGACAACAACAUAAAAUUCUCAACAAAAUACAUAAAACAGUUGAAACAAAAACAAAAAAAUUGUUUUUCCUCUCAAGAAUUAAUUUAAAUGAAAACAUUGAUGAUAAAUUUGAAUAUCAAAGAUAUCAGUGAAACCUUUUCGUAUUCAAAAGCAAAAACUUUUUUGAUAAAAACCAUCGAUUUAAUCCUGUUAUUAAUUGCUGACCGUUGUCGAGAGUGUAACGAGAUGUCAAGAAUCACAAUGAGUUGUUAUGCUGCAGCUAAACAUCCCCAGACAGGCGAGAAGGGUACAGUCGCUCGGAAUUACACCGGUAAAGGGAAGAAGCAUCCCAAAAACUAUGAAAAUUCUGAGGCUUUAGUUGAAUUGGACAAGUACAAUGGGAAGAUGAUGUUUUCUAUUUGGGGACUUUACAACAGAAACUCUCCUCAUAACUUCAAAAAGCAGAAUGCAGAGAACGUGAAGUCCUUUAAAGAACAAGAGACAAAUGUGGCUGAUGUCAAAAUGUCUUUUGUUCAAUUUUCGAUUCCACAACUGACCGGAAUCGUAUCGGUUGAGGUGAAGAAGCCGAAAACCACUUUGGAAAAGCUCGAGAAUCUCAUGAACUUUCCCAAUUAAACUUUUUGCUCAAAUUGCAACGUGCUGAGAUUAACAAAGAAUUUUCUUUAAUGUUUCUUUUAAAAAUUAGAGUGUGGAUGCAAAUGUAGAGACAUUUAGAAUGAUGAAAUGUAAUUUUAAUAUCAAAAGCAAUAAGAAAGACAUCCUGGAAAGAAAAAUGAUUACUAAACGAAAAAGUUUUUGAGCAAGAACA